UAUAGAUCACAGUCUCUUCUUUUUCUAGAGAGAGAAAAUCAACACGGGGGGAGGGGGAGGGAGAGAGAGUGUGUGGAAGGGAACGAGACUCGAACAACCAAACAAACGAAACUGACGCUUUCGCUAUACCAAGUAACCGCUAUGACUGAAGGAGACCGUGCCGGCUCUGCCUCUCCCUCUCCGUCUCUUCCCCUCGAACCUCCCCACAAUGGGGCCGCCGACUCGGAAGUCGCCGGUUUUUCCGACUUGGAACCCCUUGCAGGCGACGCCGACUUUUCUGGGCUUGGAGACGGAAACGUUGCUGGUAGAGUGAAGGGACCUUGGUCCCCGGAGGAGGAUGCCGUUCUCAGUCGAUUGGUCAGCAAGUUUGGGGCAAGGAAUUGGAGCAUGAUCGCGCGAGGGAUACCGGGUCGCUCCGGCAAGUCGUGCCGUCUCCGUUGGUGUAAUCAGCUUGACCCCGGUGUUAAACGCAAGCCCUUUACUGAAGAAGAAGAUCGUAUUAUAGUUGCAGCCCAUGCAAUGCAUGGAAACAAAUGGGCAGCAAUAGCUAGGCUUCUUCCAGGACGAACCGAUAAUGCUAUAAAAAAUCACUGGAAUUCUACACUUAAGCGCAGGUGCUUGGAUCUUCGAAGAUACAUACCGGUGGGAGCUGGCGUGGAAGAGGGCAGCCUUGAGGCCCCUGAAAAAAUAAAGGCAUCUUCCGAAGAAACCAUGUCAGCAGGGUCUCCAUUGAAUCCUACACAAAUUAAAAAUGUCGGGAUGGAUGGUGGUAUCAAUCAGCACGAAGAUAAUCCUCCAAGAAACCAUGGUGCUGAAGUGGAGGAAUAUCCUACCGUGUGUCAGCCAGUAGCACGUGUUAGUGCAUUCAGUGUCUAUAAUCCUCCAAGCAGGCCAACAACUGGAUCCACGUACUCAAGGAUGCUCCCAAUGCAUGGCCCUUUGAUCCAAUCGUCCAAACUCAAAGUAGGUGCCUACAAGCUAUUUGAAGAUGUUGGCUGUGAACCCAUGGUUCCCGUGCAAUGUGGUCAUGGCUGCUGUUCUGCAAGUUCUCAGGAAAGCCAUUCUCAUGAGUCGCUGCUAGGUCCUGAGUUCGCUGACUAUGCGGAGCCCCCCUCUUUAACAAGUCAUGAUUUGAUCUCUAUAGCUACAGAUUUGAACAAUAUUGCUUGGAUCAAGAGUGGCCUAGAUGCCAGAGUAACGGAGAAUGCAGCAAACUUGACGCCAUCUCAAGGCGUUACUACUGCCUUCCAAAAUUGCUUCUUUGAGGAGGGAGCAAGCAAGUUUGUGGGUGUGAUGCAAGACAUGUUAACAACGCAGAAGUCUAGCCAUCCAUUUGCAAUGCCUGCAGAGGUUUGACGGAUGAUUGAGAUAGGCCUGCUGAUUUCACUGUCUGUCUUGGUGGUUUCUCAGCUCAAAUCUGAUCGCAGGGGCUUACAAAUUUCUAUCGUUGACGCGAGGUCACGAUAGUUUCCUUGAAUUGUUUUCUUCAUAUGAAAAUAUACAUAUAGAAACUGAUUCAGUAAAGAGUUCUUUCCCUUCUCAUUA